AUGACCUCUGUUCCCAAACAGCGGCUUGCCGCGCUUUCCAAGCAACUUGUUGAAGGUAUUCCGAGUGAAGGCACAUUCGAGGAGAUCCCGCGCAUUCGGCACGUCGCAGAUAGUUCGACGGGGCCGAGAGUCAAGGGGAAAGUGGUUAUUGUUACUGGGUGCAACUCGCCUAUCGGCAUUGGUCGGGCAUCUGCACACCAAUAUGCCCAGAACGGCGCGAAAGCAGUGUAUAUCUGUGACUACGCAGACCAGUACCUAGAGAUGCACCAACGGGAAAUGAAGUCCUUGUACCCGGAGUGCAAAGUCCACUGCGUCAAGAUGGAUGUCGGGGACGAAGCGCAGGUCAAAGCCGUCGUGGAUGACUGUAUGGCAAAGUACGGCCAGUUGGAUAUCAUGUUCGCCAAUGCAGGUGUGACGGGGGUGCCGAACACGUAUGAGCAUAUCACGAGCGAAGCAUUUAUGAAUACGAUGCGUGUGAAUGCGUUGGGUGUGUUCUUGUGCGCCAAGUAUGCGGCCAUGGCGAUGCAGAAGACGAACGCCGAGAAGAGAUAUCCUGGUGGCAGUAUUAUUGGGACGGCCUCCGUGGCAGGGUUGAGGUCGAAUGCCGGUGGGACGGAUUACUCGAUGAGUAAGGCUGCGGUGGUGUCGCUGGCGCAGACCCUGUCGUAUCAAUUGGCGGGAACUGGUGUGAGAGUAAAUGCCUUGUGUCCUGGUGUGAUAGAAACGGGGAUGACUAAGGCCAUGUAUGAUCAGGCUAGAAGUCGGGGGACGGAGAAGAAGAUUGGACAGCUGAACCCUCUACAAAGAGGGGCGGUGGCCGAUGAAGUUGCGAGAGUGGCGCUCUUCUUGGGGAGUGACGAGGCUAGUUAUGUUAACGGUCAGGCUUGGGCGGUAUGUGGUGGCCUAAGUGCCGGUCAUCCUUUUGUACCAGGCAAAUUGGCAUGA